AUGUCAAUUUCACGUCAUAAAUCACAAAAAGGGUUAGCAUCUUAUAAGUGUCCAAUUAAACAUGUACAAGAACUUGGAUAUCAAGCUUUAAACAAGGCAAUUAAUUAUCGUUCUGAAGAAGCAAAUAAAUCAUCCACGUCUCUUAACAAACCAAUUCAAACAAAUUUGUUACAAAAUGAAUCAAUACAAAUAAAUUUGUCACAGAAUGGAUCAGUUCAAGAACUAAAUGAAUUUAUUC